GCCCCGGUCGCCAGGCUGGCGUCCCACUGGAACAUCCCCAUGCUUUCAGCCGGACCUUUAGCCUCGGGGUUCGCCCACAAAGUCCCCGAGUAUUCCUACCUCACGCGGGUCUCCCCGUCCUAUUCCAAGAUGGGCGAGAUGUUCUUGGCCAUGUUCCAGCGCUACAGGUGGAAGAGGGUGGCCCUGGUGUAUGCCGAAGAUUUUGAGGAGAGGACCUGCUUCUUCACUAUGGAGGGGGUCCAUGUCGCCUUUGUUGGGGAAGGCUUUCAGAUGCAGUCAUUUAUUAUCUAUGGUGAGGAGGACCAGUUCGACCAUAUCGUGCAGCAAAUCCAGGACCAUGCCAGGAUUGUGAUUAUGUGUGCGAGUAGUCAUGCCAUACGGAAAAUCAUGCUUGCAGCACACCGACAGGGAAUGACCAACGGAGACUAUGUAUUCUUCAACAUCGAGCUCUUCAACAGCAGCUUAUAUGGAAAUGGCUCAUGGAAGCAAGGAGAUACAUUUGACCCUGAAGCCAAAGAAGCAUACCAGUCACUUCAAACCGUGACGCUACUGAGGUCAGCAAAGCCAGAGUUUUACAAGUUUGCCGCUGACAUGAGAAAUAGAUCGCGUCAUCAUUAUGAUUUGACCUCUGAAGAUGAUAAUGUAAACAUGUUUGUUGAGGGGUUUCAUGAUGCCAUUGUACUUUAUGCAAAAGCACUCCAAGAAGUCCUGAAGCGAGGGUACAGUAAAACCAAUGGAUCAAAAAUUGUACAGAAGAUGUGGAAUACAACCUUUGAAGGCAUAGCAGGCCAGGUGUCAAUUGAUGCCAAUGGGGACAGAUAUGGAGAUUUCUCUGUGAUAGCGAUGACCGAACCUAGAACAGGAACGCAAGAGGUAAUAGCUGACUAUUAUGGCUUGAAUGGAACCUUUGAACUCAGGCCAAAUGUGAGGCUUCCCUGGGCGAAUGGAAUGCCACCUCCAGAUGAACCUAGCUGUGGUUUUGCAAAGGAUCAUACUGCUACCUGUGGGCUUGGAGAGUCUGCAGUCACAGGCAUUGUAGUCGGCUCAUUGUUGGGAUGUGCAUUGUUGCUGGCAUUUUACUUGUUCAGGAAGAAAUACAGGAUAACCAUUGAGAGACGUGCACAACUGCAUGAAGCUGACAAUGGUAAGCAUCACCACCUGCGAGAAGACUCUGUCCGAUCCAAUCUGUCGACAGCUUAAGCUGUAGAACUGAAUCUUCCUUUUUAUAAACUUUCAAUUUUUAGGGGGAUUUACCAAAGGUGUCACUGCAAACAAAGGCUGAUAAGAAAUGCAUUUUUUUGAAGUCUAGGCUAUUAAUUUGUCAUAGUUUUUUGUUUUUGAAAACUCAGGAAAGAUUCACUUAUUACACUGCACCACUGUACUGGAAGAUUCAUCUCAGUGAAUAUGAUAAAAUGUGAUUCAGCCUGUUUCAUAGAGGCCAGCAAUGCCUUGCCCUGGCAACUGAAGGAAAUCUUCAAACAAAAAUAUUUCUUAGGCGGUUGUUUACCCCAAUAUAUGUUAUAUGGGAAGUGUUCAGUAUCCAUCUUUAAAAUUUAUUGAAUAAUAUUGAUCUUAGAACCAAGUCAAUAUACCUUAGUAAGGUUCUUAAAUUCACAAUUCAUACAUCACAGAUGUAAAUUUUAAAAUAGUGUUAGCUUCAAAGCUUCUAUAGGGUAAAAAUUACUUUUGGAGAUGUUGUUGUAAGAAUGCUUAAUGCACUUAAAUUUCUGGGUUGGCAAUUACAACCAAGGUGUUAGCCUGUUUAUUUCAAGUAGGUCUAUGUCUUUAGCAAAAUAGCAGAAAGAGUAUUUGGGACAAGCAUUAAGCAUUCAUACAGCAAUAUA